CCUUCGAAAUGGCUGCCACCGCUUUCUUCAUCACCAGCUGCCCCGUCAACUACGGCCGUUCGGGCUACAACAAGGACGACAAGGACGACGAGGAGGAGAACAAGAUGCGCAACUAUGGCCGCGCCGGCUACAACAAGGAUGACAAGGACGAUGACGAGGAGAACAAGCAGCACUAAAGGCCUUCUCCGCCUCCGCCCGACUCUCGGGCACGCCGUUUCCUUUCUGUCAACGCUUAGAGCACCCUUGAGCUCCUCGUAGCUCAGCCCAGGCGCGCGACAACGCCGCGGUUUCCUAUUGCUUCUUCGGAUUUUCUUUGUCAAGAUUCCUAUCCGGCGCAAGCUGGCUCUUUGGCAUGCAUCUUGGGAUUUGUCAACGAACGGACUGUGCUUUUCCUUUUUGCAUUUAUAGAUGGGCAGGCGUCAAUGGAGGGCGAACGGUUGGGUUGCACUCCCCUGCGCUGGAGAGAUUUCACAGUCUGCGGGGCUAUCGGAUAGAAUGGGCGGGUUUCAUUUCUUGUUGAGUAGGCUGCUAGGCGGGUGAACUGGUUGGCGGGCUUGGGUCAUGUUGUACAACAGCUAUUGUUACACUAU